CUACGUGCCGCGGAUAAUCGGGCCUCCUAACUAUUGAACGGGCUGGCCAGCAACAUGCGUAGCACAGGGGUUUGCCUACCCCCAGCCCAACACGUUGAUGCUGACUCGUAGUUCUUAAUAAAGUUGUUAUAUAACCAACGAUCGUCUCUGGUUACUGGUAGGAAUGACACCAGCAUCUCCAUCCAGACUUUCACAAUGCUGACAACCUCGUUGACAUUGCUGACCGCAUGCCUUGCCCUGCCCGAGAUAGCACACGCAGGCUUCAUCCUUGGCUCCCAGUCCAAUAUUGCCGUUUACUAUGGUCAAAACUCAUUGGGGAAGAAAGGCUCUCAACAACGUUUGAGCGCUUAUUGUUCCGACUCCAAGUUCAAUAUCAUCCCAUUGGCCUUCAUGAAUGGCAUCUCGACACCCAUCACAAAUUUCGCCAAUGCUGGAGACAACUGCACUGUAUAUAGUGGUACUCAGUUGUUAAAUUGCCCACAGCUGGAACAGGACAUCAUAUUAUGUCAAAACACCUAUCAAAAGACAAUCAUUCUCUCGCUAGGUGGUGCAACCUACAGCGAAGGUGGCUUUUCCUCACCAACUGCCGCGCAGACCGCGGCGGCGAACGUAUGGGAUCUGUUCGGGCCGAACAAUGGUGCUGCCAACCGUCCCUUCGGAUCUGCUGUCGUGGACGGCUUUGACUUUGACUUCGAAGCUAGUACGCAGAACGCUGCACCCUUCGCACAAAAGCUGCGGGAUCUGAUGGACGCCGCUCAUAACAAGAAGUAUUACCUGACGGCGGCACCACAAUGCCCAUACCCAGACUUGGCGCAAGAAGAAAUACUACUCAAUGUCAAAUUAGAUUUUGUCAUGGUACAGUUCUAUAAUAACUACUGCGGCGCUUUAUCAUUCGAUACAGACGUUGUAACCCAGGACAACUUCAAUAUGGAAAGGUGGGAUACGUGGGCCAGAUCAACGAGCAAAAAUGACAAAGUGAAGAUCUUGCUGGGCGUUCCGGCGAACACGGGUGCUGGAGCAGGAUAUCUAAGCGCCACUGAAUUGACGCCUGUGAUCAAUUACUGCAAGCAGUUCAGCAGUUUCGGCGGGGUCAUGAUGUGGGAUAUGAGCCAAAUGGUAGCAAAUGUCGGUUUUCUUGAUGGCGUAUACGCUGCGCUAUCUAGGGCCGCCGCCUCAGGCUCAACCAUCAUUCAAGUAGGGUCUUCAUCCUCAACAACCGCGAACUCCGGGUCAGUGGUUACGUCUACAACGAGACGAACAACCACGACAACAACUACCAGAGCACCUGGCGCUUCAACGUCGACAAGCACCUCGAGGUUGAUCGCCUCUACCAACUCGCCGGAACAGCCAAGCACGUUACCAGGCACUUCAGGAAUAUGUAACUGUCCACUCCAAACGAUCGUCACAGUGACCGCAACAGUCUUCACGACGUCUGCACCUACAGCACUGACAAAUACGAGUACAGCGAGGACGUCGACCACACCAGCCACAUCAACUACCUCAAGUGUAUCCACGAGGACGACGGCAACGUCUGUUUCGCAAGCAUCCGCCGCGGGUACAGUCGCAGCGGUCAACCAGUGGCAGCAAUGCGGUGGCAGGGGAUACACUGGGCCGACACAAUGCAGGGCUCCAUACAAGUGUGUAUCUGCCAGUGAAUGGUGGGCAGAUUGCCGAUGAAGUUAGGCGAGGUUCACGUCGAAAGGAUGUUUUUUUCUUCUUUUCUUUUUUCGUUUACAUCGGAGUUUCACCGUGAUGCAUCAUAUGUAAC